AAGAGGAUGCAAAUUUUUUGGCGAAUCUGAGACCCAACACCGAGAAAGAAGCGGUUUUACUUUGAUUGCAUUUCUCGCGCGAUUCGUUUCAGGUAGCAGCGUACGCGAACAGUGCAGUGGAUUGAUAAUCGAAGCGACGUCGUUGAGCGAUGGAAGGAGCUUGAGUAGUGGAUCUUUGAACUCUUAGGGAUUCGAAUAUUGUGCAAUGGAUUCGUGGCUCAAAGCCGCUGAAGGUUUGUUUGAAGUUGUAGAUCGAAGAGCGAAAUUGGUUGCCGGUGACGCAUCAGAUGAACAACAGUCUGAUUUCAAGUCUCCAGCAUCAAAUGGGCAAGGAUCUCAAGGCAAGAGGACAAAGUCAAAACCCAAGGCUCAAAAGGGACUAUCCAACUCAUCAACUGUAAUUGGUGAUACUGCUAAGGAGAAAAGUGGAUCUCCAGCAGCACCUGUUGACAUAACAACUCCAACAGACAAAGUUGAUCCUGAAAAUGAAGGGAGUGCUUCCACAUCUGCAAACCAACUGAAGAAGGAUCAGCAACCAACUGAUGCAACAUCACCUUUGUUAGGCACUUCAUUAUCAAAAACGCUAGCCAAUGAUGUUGAUAAACAUGACACAAAUGAUGCGGAAGCAUUAGCAAAUGAUACUGAUGCUGAAGUUGCCACUGUUGCUGCAAAUGGUGAUCCUUCCAAAGAGAAUGCUUCAGACAUUUGUGAGGUGGAUCCUCUUGUUCCCAAAGGAAUUGAUAGCCCUGGUGAUGGACCAACUAGUACUGGACAAAAUAUCAAAUCUGGAGAUUUUGAUACCAGUAAAAAUACGGAUCAAGAGAAAUCUGAAUCUGUGGCUGCUGAAAAAGCUUCUAACAGUGACACUAUACUCAAAGAUUCUGAUAUGAAGGUGGAAUCUAGUGUGAAUACAAAGAGCCAAGAGGACCAUAAAACUGACAUCUCUCCAGAAAAAGUACAGGAUCAACUUGAUGAGGCUCAAGGAUUGCUUGAAACAACAAAAUCUACUGGUCAGUCUAAAGAGGCAAGGUUAGCUCGGGUCUGUGCUGGACUGUCAUCUCGCCUUCAAGAAUACAAAUCUGAAAAUGCACAGUUAGAGGAACUUCUCACUGCUGAGAGGGAGCUGAGUAAAUCAUAUGAGGCUAGCAUAAAACAGCUACAGAAGGAUUUGUCUGAAAGUAAAAGGGAAAUAGCAAGAGUUGAAUCAAAUAUGGCCGAGGCUUUGGCAGCUAAAAAUGCUGAAAUUGAGGCACUUCUAAGUUCUAUGGAUGCAGUUAAGAGGCAGGCUGCAUUGUCAGAAGGAAAUCUAGCUUCCUUGCAGGCAAACAUGGAGUCGUUGAUGAGAAAUCGAGAACUAACAGAAACAAGGAUGAUGCAGGCUCUAAGAGAGGAGCUAGCAUCUGCCGAGCGAAGAGCAGAAGAGGAACGUGCUGCACAUAAUACUACCAAAAUGGCUGCCAUGGAAAGAGAAGUAGACUUGGAGCACAGAGCAGUUGAGGCAUCCACAGCCCUUGCAAGGAUACAGAAAGUAGCAGAUGAGAGGACCGCAAAAGCCACAGAACUUGAGCAGAAGGUGGCACUUCUUGAGGUCGAAUGUGCAUCUUUAAAUCAAGAACUCCAAGAUAUGGAAGUCCGUGUGCGCCGAGAACAAAAAAAAUCACCAGAAGAGACAAAUCAAGUAAUGCAGAUGCAGGCAUGGCAGGAAGAAUUGGAGCGUGCACGUCAAGGUCAAAGGGAAGCUGAAAACAAGCUAUCUUCCUUGGAGGCUGAAUUGCAAAAAAUGAGAGUUGAAAUGGCUGCCAUGAAGAGGGAUGCAGAACAUUACUCACGGCAGGAGCAUAUGGAAUUAGAGAAACGCUAUCGGGAACUGACUGACCUUUUGUACUACAAACAAACACAAUUAGAAACCAUGGUCAGUGAAAAAGCUGCCACAGAGUUUCAAUUGGAGAAGGAAAUUAAGCGUCUUCAGGAAGCACAGGCAGAAGCUGAAAGAAGUAGGGUUUCUCGUCGAGCAUCAUCGGCUUGGGAAGAUGAGACUGAGAUAAAAUCCCUUGAGGCUCUUCCUUUGCAUCACCGUCAUAUGGUUGGUGCAAGUAUUCAGUUGCAGAAAGCAGUGAAACUAUUGGAUUCAGGGGCUGUCAGAGCCACAAGAUUUCUCUGGCGAUAUCCAACAGCUCGAGUGAUUUUAUUUUUUUAUUUGGUUUUUGUACAUCUCUUCUUGAUGUAUCUCUUGCAUCGCCUUCAGGAACAAGCUGACAGUUUGGCUGCAAGAGAAGUUGCAGAAUCUAUGGGACUUGCUAACCAGAAUUUGCCAUGAAUUCUCAAAAUAUUCUAUUUAGGGCCUAUGUCAGGUGUUAAUCACUUCCUGACUACAUAUUUUCAAGUGUACAUUUCAGAUGCCGCUGCUUAUGGUGGCUUGAUAAUGAUUCUGCAAAGGACUAAAGUAAUACAAACCAAAAGUGAAACUUACGUACAGGAAUCUUAUGUCUCGAGGUGAUCUUAGAGAAACUGCUGCAAGUUGUGGUAGGGAAAAUUGCAAGACGCGCCUGUGAAUUGAGUUGGUUAAUUAUAUGUUUAUUCGUUUUUUUUCCUUCACCGAAAAUGUAUUUCGAGUGGAAGAAACGCUGUAGAUACUAAUUUCUUUUGUGAUAUCGUUCUUUUUCUUCGUUCGGAUGGCGAUUGACAAAUCUAAGGACUAAGGAAUACACUAAGCUUGAAUGAGACAUAAAUUGUAAGACAUAAAUGAGAAUGGACCUUUGAUGUUAUAUUUCCUAUUAUAAUCCAUGGUUAAAAGUGAAGGUGU